CGCUCUCCCGACCUCUUCUGCCCAGCCUGGUAUUUGCUACAGCCUCGCUUUUCCUUCUUCGCCCACCGGUCCUCCACCAUCCUCUCCACGACGUGCUGUCCCGCGCCCGCAACCAUGUGCCGCACCCUCGCCACCUUCCCCAACACCUGCCUGGAGAGAGCCAAAGAGUUCAAGACGCGGUUGGGGAUCUUUCUUCAUAAAUCCGAGCUGAGCUCCGAUACUGGGGGUAUUGGCAAAUUCGAGUGGGCCAGUAAGCAUAACAAAGAGAGAAGCUUCUCAGAUGUGCUGGGAUGGAGAGAGUCUUUCGAUUCGCUGCUGAACAGUAAAAAUGGGGUGGCUGCCUUCCACGCCUUCCUAAAGACGGAGUUCAGUGAGGAGAACCUGGAGUUCUGGCUGGCCUGCGAGGAGUUCAAGAAGAUCCGAUCAGCCACCAAACUGGCGUCCAGGGCUCAUCACAUUUUUGACGAGUACAUCCGCAGCGAAGCCCCUAAAGAGGUGAACAUAGAUCACGAGACCCGAGAACUGACCAAGACAAACCUACAGGCCGCCACUACCAGUUGCUUCGACGUGGCUCAGGGGAAGACCCGCACGUUGAUGGAGAAGGACUCCUAUCCGCGCUUCCUCAAGUCACCAGCUUACCGCGACCUGGCUGCCCAAGCCUCGGCCACUUCCACCUCUGCACCCAGCAGCAGCCCAGCUGAGCCUUCACACACUUGAGCCUCUGCAGCAACUUCGAAGCCGGCGGGAAGAGAGGUGGAGUCACCCGUCCCUGAAGCAGCUGCCCUGUGUUGGAGGCAGAUCCUGCACAGCAAGUGUGAGAGGAUAGUGGAGGGACAGACGGACACCCAUCCCUGCAGCUUGAGUGUGAAGAACUCCCUCUCCUCCAGACACUGUGGUGGGCCAGUGUAGGAGAGACUCCUCAUUUCCAGGACCUGUGGCUGAGGGCUAACGACGAGGCAGCGUGAGGCGCUCUGGCCGGGAGGGUGGCCCAGAACUUAUGUUCUUUCUUUCUACCAGGGCACACACAAAGGGAUGCUGAGUGGUUGGGAACCCUGAGAACAGGAACCAGAGAGACAGUCGGCUUUGGUCCCUGACUUGAUCUCCUCAUUCCUGGGCUGGGCCUAAAAAAGGCUGUAUGUAUGGAACCUUCAUCUCCCACCCCUUGCCUUCCCAGGGACACCCAGGGCCCCCUAGCUGAGGCUUCUUAACAUUCCUGUGCUCAUUCUUGCUGUCUCAUGUAGGACAAUGAGUCUGUCUGAUUCUUGCCCCAGAUGAGAUUUCUAUACCUCAAAAACUGGCCUGUGAGCUGAGCCCCUUUCCGGGUCAAUAAUGAGCCCUGCAAAAGAAGCCAUUUUGCUCAUGGGACCCUAGGCUGGGUGUUCUCCAUGGCCUUCUUGUAGGUGGCCCCCUGACUUCCCCUUUGCAGCAGGGUCUGCUUGUGAACAGGGCCGGCUGAGAAGUCUUACUGGGCCCUGCACUCCUUGGAAGAUGGGGUCUAAGGAGGGAGGUGGGAGGAAGGAGGCAUCCAGCACCGGGGCCAGCACUCAUGUCCAGCGGCUUAGCAAGGGAGAGAAGUCAUCGAAAAAUCCAUCUGUAGGGGGAGCCCAAAAGACUAGCUGAAAGAACUAUAUCAGCUCUCUUUGUGGGUAUGAAAAUGGGAAAAAGAUACCCCCUACCCCCGACCCCUGGUGGAAGGGGAGCCUUGCGCUUCUUUCCUGUUGACAUGAGAUGCCCACCGUAGUUAGGGGAGAAGUCCAUCAGGGACCAAGAAAGCUCUGGAACAGAAGUUAGCGCAGCUAAGGGAGUAUUGCAGAUGUGCGGGGAGGGGUGCCUGGAAGGAUGGGGCUGGGGAAACCAACCUGCCUGCCUAUCACCUCUGAGUCUUACCGAACAAACAUUCCAAGUUGGGACUUCCAGCACCAGUAACUGAGACGGAGACCUGGGUUGCCGGCAUUGUUCCCUCUGCACUUGAGGCUUCUCCGGGAGAAAACUCUUUUAAGUAUAAUAUAUUGUUCUGUUGUGUUGUGCUGAUUGUCUCCGCUGCUAUUGUUAUUUAUUGUGAUUUGUUUGCCUGUACUGAAGAAACUCAGCUGGAACUACUGCCUCCCCCACCAGACUCUACCUCCGAAAGCCUUGGGAACCACUGAGGGCUGGGGGGGGGGGGACUCCCCACUGUGUUAAUAUUUAUUUAUUGUCAACAAAGGGAGCUGGGUUCCUUUAUCAGCAGUGUAUGUGAUCCCUGUUUUUCUGUUUGAGCAUGUUAUAUUCUUGUAAAAAAAUGAAAAUAAAACUCAAAAAUAAUAUCCCAAUA